AUGGAAAUUCAAACUUCAAAAAUGUGGUCGAUACUCCGAUGGUCUGGUCGUCAUCAGCAACUACACAACACUUCAUUGCAAUCGAUUCAUCUAUUUAAACACACAUACAAUUUCCAUUUAAAUGCAUUAUCCAGCUUUCAUUUUGAAUUGAAACAGGCUCUACAUAGCGUCACAUCCAGUCAACAUGAACAUAUUGAACUACGACCUUAUCAGAAAGAAUGCAUUCAUGCUACAUUAAAAAUGUUUGAAGCGGGUGUGCAGCGAACUGCAGUAUCUUUACCUGUUGGUUCUGGAAAAACAGUCAUUUUCGCCAAUCUUAUUCCACAACUCAAAUCAACUUUGCCAUCUGCAACAAAAACACUUGUGCUUGCACAUCGAGAAGAAUUGAUCGAUCAAGCACAUGCUCAAGUCCAACGUCACUGUCCUCAUUUGAAGGUCAGUAUUGACAGAGGAAAUAUUAAACCUUGGAUGGAUGCUGAUGUGAUUAUUGCGAGUGUUCAGUCGAUAGGACGAGAGAAUGGAUUUCGAAUCAAGGCAUACGAUCCAAAGCUAUUCAAGUGUAUUAUUAUUGACGAGGCUCAUCAUGCAUCAGCACCUACUUAUAAUCGCGUCUUGGAGUAUAUGGGUGCAUUUGAUCCUGAAUCGCACAUGCGUGUUUGGGGAUGCUCUGGAACUUUGCGUAGAAAUGACGGGCAAAGUCUACAUCCUACAUUUCUUUCCAUUGCGUACGCGCAGCCUAUUACCACAAUGAUUACUGAAGGAUGGCUGUGUGAUGUUGAUGUCAAGCAGGUACAAACUCAAAUAGAUAUUGUAGGAGUUAGAACGAAUCCUACUUCUGGAGACUAUUCUCUUCCACUUUUAUCUGCAGCAGUGAAUACUCCCGAGCGCAAUCUCACCAUUGCUCAACUGUAUCUCAACGAAGCUGCUUCUGCCAAUUGCAAGUCCACAUUGGUGUUUGCAGUAGACAUUGCACAUAUCAAUGAUCUUGUUGAAGCAUUUCAAAAAAAGGGUAUUCCAGCAAUUGGUGUUCAUGGAAACACCCCAUUGCAUACUCGGCAGAAAAUUAUAAAGGAGUUUUCCAACGGAAAUAUUCCAGUACUUAUCAACUGUGGAAUUGUUACAGAAGGAGUCGAUAUACCUAGAAUUGAUUGUGUCAUGCUUGCACGACCUACUAAAUCUAGUGGAUUGUUACAGCAGAUGUUGGGUCGUGGUAUGCGCAAGUUUGAAGGGAAAAAAAGGUGCAUUGUGUUUGAUUUUGUCGAUACAAUGAAUCGCAGCUUGCAAGCAGCUACUAUUCCAACCUUGUUUGGACUGUCGCCCAUGUUUAACAUGCAAGGCAAGUCUGGGUUAGCUAAAUAG